GAGGCAAAUCAGCUGCUGGAUACCAGGACUAAUGAUACCGAAUUUCUCGAGGGUCUUCCACUCCUUGCACCAGUUGGAUGUGCUCCAGUACCACCAAACGUUCAGCUGUGUGGAACAGCACAGAUGAACGCAAUCACUAAGGUUCUGCCUGAAGUCACAAGACUACUUCAGCAGGAGCUGCCCAAUGCAUUACACCCUGUGGUGGCACAACCAGAAACUAGAGAGAGCUCAGUAAGGUCUUCCAGCUUCGAAAUAAGAGGUACAUGUUGCCCAACACAGACAUCAGGAUCAUUUCCUAGUACCCUGAAGACAGAACUAGCAACAGAUACCACAACCAUGAGCACCAUCAGAAACAAACUUUUUCAAGAUUAUAGAAACCUGAUGUUUGACCCAGAGACAGCCAACAAAUACAUUAUAAUAUCACAGCAGAAUUGUAAAGCCACACACAAGACAAGCUCAAGGACUAAUACUGUUCCUGAAUCCCCCAAGAGAUUUCAAAGCUGGCAGGUGAUGUGCACGGAAGGAUUCUUAGAGGGAAGCCAUUACUGGGAGGUGGAGAUCUCAACCUACUUUGUGCAGAUAGGGGUAGCCUAUGAUUCCUUAAAACGUAUCAAUGUAAUGGAAAACCAGAUUGGAAGAAACAACUGUUCAUGGAGUCUGGAGUUACGGAGCAUGGGCCAUUCUGCUUGGCAUGAUAACAAGGAAAUUCCGCUGAACCUACCAACGUGCAGAAGAAUUGGUAUUCAUUUAGACUGUGCGGCUGGCAGCCUUACCUUCUAUGGCAUCAUGGAUGGGGGUCUGGAAAAUCUACACGUGUUCCACUGUGUUUUCUUAGAAAGAUUAUACCCUAUAUUUUGGAUUGGAGAUGAUGUCAAUGUCAAACUCCACCAUGUGCAGAAUAAUUUGGGGAAGGAUGGGGCAGUGUGA